AUGCUAUCUAUUCUGAGAAGUGCACAGUUAUGGACCCGCUUGAAGGUUGUGCCGAAAUCCUCGAUUUCAUUUUCUCUGAGGGUUGCUCCAAAGAUUCUCAGUUUCCAUACACGUGCAGGUUUGUUUUUAAAAUAGCAAAUCAUAAGCUUAAAUAACAACCAAAUAAAAUAGUGUGAUAUAUUUUGUUGCAAUACAAUGUUUCGCAUGCUAGCUUAAAAGCCUAUCUGAGUUUGGAGCAGGCUGCUCAUUUAGAUGAAUAAACAAAAUACCUUUAGUAAAUAAAUUAUCGAUUAAUUAAGCUUAAUUAAUAAAAUUCAAAUAAUAAAAAAAACUACAUUAACCUACUUUUAGACAUGUAACCUUUAAGCUUAUGACACAAAGGAACGUUCUAAUUAUCUUAUAAAAAUAUAAACAUACAUUGCUUGAGAAAUCAUUUUUAUGAUAAUAACAUUGUCCUCGUUUAAAUUUUUUAUUUAUGCAAUGUAACUGAAUGUAACUAUACCAAGGAGGCUAAUAUACUGAUAACCUUCAAUCUAGUUAAAAAGGUUAUGAUAUGUGAACCCAAAAUGGUCAUAUGGGAGGGAGUUAUUAAGCUUUUUAUGCUUACAUGUAUUAUUUUUGGUUAUUAUUUCUUUAUGCUUUAGGCCAAGUAAAGAAAAAUAAAAUGUUUAUCAUCCUGUUUUUUUUCACUUAACAUACUACGGUAGCUGGCUGUCACUAGCUUAUGAAACUUUUCUUUUAUUACAAAACCUUGACAGGGCCUCUCUUUAGUGGAGAAUAUGAGAUGCAAGAUCCAAAGUCACUGGAUGAAGUGUGAGUUCAAUGUGUUAAACCUACUUCUCUGUCUUAAUGGCCAUCCUGAUAAAAUCAGAACUGAAAAAUAAUUUAUUUUCCUAAAUUAAUCGCUCUUGUCAGCUCCAAACCCUGUGGGAGACUCCCAUAUGAAAGGGGCAAGGAUGCUCGUCAUCUCGCUUAGGGGUGUAAAUUUCUGAUUUUGGUCUCACUUGGGGUUUUCUGGAAAGAAGGCCAUUAUAUUUAGCCCUAAAGAUCUCUUUUAGGGUUGCACGUCAAGAAAAUUCAAAAAUUAUAUAUUUUCAAUUCAUUUUUUUUUUACUCGAUUCAUGUAAUCAAAGUUUUAAAUGGUCUCUUUUAGGGUUCAAAAAAGGCUGGACCACACCCAAAUUGGUCUCCUUUAGGGUCUCCUUUGGUCUCUGUUAGGGGUGUAAUUCAAAAUUUCUGAUGAGCCCCCCUAAAACCCCUGACAAAGAUGUUAUAAGCUCAGGGCUUAUAGGUGCCAGUUUAUGGUAUGAAUUUAGGUUGUACAGCCCAUACUGUAGGUAUGAUAUGUAGAUUUACCAGUCUCUCAAAGUGGCACCAGAAGGUUGCCAUGGCCCUCCAGGUGUUGCUAGAAGCCCUGCUAAAACAUUAUUUUCUGUCACAGAGUGAAUGUUACCGUCAUUGAUCGAGAUGGAAAUCCCAAAGUAUUGAAAGGGAAAGUAGGAGAUAACUUAUUAUACCUGGCCCAUCGCUAUGGCAUUGACAUGGAAGGUGAGUUGGACCUGCACCAUAGUUGUGGACCUUUGUUUUGUAAGGAGGCAUCUUUGGGGACCAUUGCUAGUUGCUAGGAAAAACACAAUCUCCUUACUUUUAGUUUAAGAAAAUUUUCACUUUAUUUUCAAGGCCCUAAAUUAUUUAUUUCUCCUAGCCCAGAAAUUGCCUCUAGUAUAGCUGUAUUUACUUCUAGACUGAAAUCAUUUAUGUUGGUAUAAGCGGGUUUUACUUCUUUUGGUGCUGGCUGAUAUGACAGAUGACCAAAAACUUUGUGACUUAAUUGACCAAUCAGGUCAAUAACCAGAGGUUAAUACCAUUAACUGACAUGAUACAACUCACAUUGACUCUGAAGAUGACUACUGCACAGGUUGUCGAAACAUCUGUCACUGUCAACAACAACAGUCCUAUUCAGGACUAUGUUCACCCGGAUGAUCAUACUCAACGUACUUAUGAAAUGACUCCUGGGUUCAAACCUUUCACAUUUUCACAAUGAUUAUUUUGUACAGUUAUGUUGACUGUAAUAGCCUACAGUUGUAGAUAUUUGUCUUGCUGAUGCCAGUAUUUUGUGUCAUAAUUUUGUCCCAUGUAUUUUUAAAGCUAGUAAAGCCAGAGUUAAUUGGGACGUGUGUAAAUUUAUAAUAAUAUUAAUGUCAAGUCUUUUUGUUUGUUUUUUCUUGGUUCACAUAACAAGGUGCAUGUGAAGCGUCUUUAGCGUGUUCAACGUGUCAUGUUUAUGUGAAGGAAGAAUACUUUGAUCAACUACCAGAACCAGAUGAAAAGUGAGUACUUUAGGAGUUCACUCUCAACUUUUUUCUUUGGGCAUCAUGCACAUGUCUAAACUACUUGUUUCUUUGGAAAAUCAGUGCCUCUGGAGAAAAACCUCUCAGAUUAAGAAAGAUGUACUUGCAGUAAACUCAGACUAUCCACAUGAGCUGGGAUUAACUCUAGUGUACAAACCCAGACCACAUUGGUGUAAGAUGACUGCCUCACCACUUUACCAUCAUUGCUGCCUAUCAUAAAUUUUUCAUGUUUAGUAUCUUAUUUUAACUGUGUUCCUGAAUUGGCAAAAUUUUCCCAACAUUGUGAGAAGUAAAGUGCAAGGCAAGGUUUUAAGAGGAAUUCACCCUGUUAAUUUUUCAAGGAGUCCCACGUUCCUAAGUUGUGAUGCUAGCUGUAUCAUAUUCUCUUUUUUCAUAUUUCUUUUAGAGAGGAUGAUAUGCUGGAUAUGGCACCAUUUCUGCAAGAAAAUUCAAGAUUAGGUACAAAAAUUAUUUUUGACUUCUUUCUACUCUGAUUUGUAGCAAUCAUUGGAUGAUAAUAAUAUUGAUGACGAUUUAAUGCUUUUCUUUUCUGUUCACUUUCAGGGUGCCAAAUAAUUUUGACUAAGGAUUUAGAAGGACUUGUAGUGACUCUACCAAAAGCAACAAGGAACUUUUAUGUUGAUGGACAUGUACCACAGCCUCACUGAUGCCUUUGUUUUUUAUGAGCGUGUACCUGUACUUAAUGAUCAAAGUUUAAAUUGGCCAGAUCCUUGUACCUCAAAGGGGUUUUGAGUACAUAUGAUUGAAAGAGUUGAAUAUAAUGUUUAUGCAUCUGUGUAUAUGCAUUUUGACAGUAAUUUUGGACAAAAAAUGUAUAUUAAAUAAGUGGAUAGCUUAGUAAGCUGGGACCAGGCUCCUUGGAGGGGUAAAACGGAAAAAAAUGGUGAGCGGAGUGGGUUGAGCAAUGACAAUGAGAGGGAAAGCCUCAAUUCUCCCAGUCCCCCACUCCAUAUUUUUUUCUUCACCAUGCAUCCCCUCAAGAUUUUUAACUGGCCCUUUUCUCCCAAAAUAGAUUUUGUGACCUGUUUACAGGCUUAUAGCUUGUGUACAGUACAAUCACAACCCAUAACCCUCUCUACCAACAAUGCCGCAAAUUAAAAUGCUAUGUUUAAAACAGAGCUUUAGAUGAAGAUACUGCUGGAGAGGAUCUGAAUAGGCAAUUUGAAAGAUGACAUCUCUUGACAUCUACUACUAGAAUCCUUCAGGGUUUUGCUUUAGUUACGCAAAUCCCAGGGGGGGGGAGACUCGGCAUAUGAAAGGGGUGGGGAUGUUCAUCAUCUCUCUUAGGGGUGUCAAUUUCUAAUUUUGGUCUCACUUAGGGUGUUCUGGGCAAAACGCCAUCAUAUUUAGCCAUGAAGGUCUCGUUUAGGGUUGCACGCGAAAGAAUAUAACAAUAUAUAUUUGAUAUGUAUAUUUUUUGGUCUCUUUUAGGGGCCAAAAAAAGCUUCGGGCACACCCAAAUAGGUCUCCUUUAGGGGUUUAAUUCAAAAUUUCCGACGAGCAUCCCCACCCCUUUAAUAUGGAGAGUCCUCCCCCCACCCCAAUACGCAAAUUAGGGCUAUUUUUAUUAAAAUCUUGCUGGGUUCUCAAAUUUAAACAUGAAUAAACAAAAAACGAAGUGAAUUCUGGUAGUAGUAGUAGAUACCGUCAUGCGAAUGGCCCAUAGUUACACCAUAGGAUUUUGUCUAUGGACUCCAAAGUGAGAACUGCCUUGCAGGUUUUCAUAUUUAUUGGCCAUGGAAGUAAAGGGAUUUAAAAUUAUCUUCUGGUUAGGUUAGUUUAUCAGGAUCCUUUUUUUGGCUGCUGCAGUGUUGAUAGUUUGUCUUGGCAGAUUCUUUUAAGUGUACAUACAUUUUUGCUGACUUGUUUAUCUAAACCAUCAUGUG